GUUAUCUCUUUUUUUAAUGAAAUUUUGAGGUUAUAAGAUGAAUUUACUUUUAGUGAAAGAUUACAUUACAUAUUUUGCUUAUUCAUAUUAAAAUUAAACAGAUUAAGAAUUUUUAUCUUUAGGUCGGAUAACAUUAUGAGGUUUUUAACCCGUUGUAGCAUCUUGAGGAUUUUGGGAAGACGGUAUACAAACCAGAGUAGUUGUGGUGUUAUUGACGUGUAUAAUAAUGUUAAUAUUCGGUCAUAUGUGAAUAUCAGUGCCAACAGACGAUUAUCCCUUAGGAAUCCUCCUGUAUUUGUGUCCGCAAUAUGUGUGUAUUCGUCUGAUAGUAAGAAACACUUUUUGAAUUUGGAAAAAAAAGCUGAAGUACUGAAAGAUGUAUUGGAGCACAAAAAGGAACAGUUAAAAGAUACAGAGCAACGGAUACGCUUGAAAGGCGAGGAAAUAGUGAGAGACAUUAAACAACAUAAGGAAAUAACAGGACAAAAAUUUAGAGAAAAGAAGGAACAUAUAAUCAAGGAUAUUUUGGAAACGAAAGCUAAAGUUAAGGAAAAGUUGGAGAUAGUUGUUGAGAGAGAAAAUCCGUUUACAAUACCGAACAUACUAUGUAUGGCGAGGAUAGCGAUGUCACCAUAUUUGGGAUAUGUGAUACUACAGGAUAAUUAUACGCUGGCAUUGGGUCUGGUGGCAUUCGCAGGAAUAACAGAUUUGUUAGAUGGUUGGAUAGCUAGAAACUACGAAGGCCAAUCAUCAAAAAUGGGGUCUUUCCUUGAUCCCUUAGCAGAUAAAGUGCUGAUUGCAACACUCUUCAUAUCACUCACUUGGCAGAAUUUAAUACCACUCAACCUCACUCUACUAAUAGUGGGCAGAGAUGCUGCCUUAGUUGCGUCUGCGUUUGUCAUAAGAUAUAGAAGUCUACCUCCACCGAGAACAUUAAGCCGAUAUUUUGACGUCACGCACGCCACCGCCCAACUAGCGCCCACGUUCAUAAGCAAAGUCAACACGGCGGUGCAACUUUUACUAGUUGGGACCACGGUGGCCGCCCCAGUGUUCGGCUACGUGGAGCACCCGGCGCUGCACGCUCUGUGCGCGGUCACGGCCGUCACCACCGUAGUAUCGGCCAUCAGCUAUUUAGUCAGUAAGGACACGUACAAGUUUCUGAAGAAGUCAUGAGUCAUGUUUGUAACCUCUUGGCCGCGGUUAUGCUAAUUGGCUUUACUGAAAUUGGGUUCUAUAAAUGGUUUUAAAUACUUUGUACGCUCAAGUUUAAAAAAAAAGUUUUAGUUCAUAUUUCAGGAUUUUAGGUUGGUAUGGUUUAUUGCAACUAUGCGUAAAAGUUGAAAUUUAGGAGAUGCUUGUCAGUGAACCUAUUAAAUUUAUUCCAUUAUAUGUAAAAGAGGGAAAACGACCUAAUUUUGGAUGGAUAUGUAGUCAAUGUCUUAUUUUAAUCUCACAGUGACCAUUUCUCUAGUGUUUAUAAUGUGCCCGUGUGUAUUAAAAUGCAUUAAAUAUCUAUAAUUAGCUAAUUUAUAUGUAACUGCGCCAAGAACUUAACUACAAAAUGUGAAAUAUUAAAAGUGGUCUUCCACACAAUUUGUGACUGAGUGAUAUUUCCAAAAUUGUGUAUAUUGUAAAUAAAUGAAUAUUAUAGA